AUGACGGGGUACACGCCAGACGAGAAGCUGCGGCUGCAGCAGCUGCGAGAGCUGAGGAGGCGAUGGCUGAAGGACCAGGAGCUGAGCCCCCGGGAGCCGGUGCUGCCCCCGCAGAGGAUGUGGCCUAUGGAAAGGUUCUGGAAUAACUUUCUGCAGGACCCGGCCCCCUGGAGGAGACUGGUCUAUAAGACAUACCGACACGGUUUCCUUGUUUUUACUCAUGUACUUGUACCUGCCUGGAUUAUUCAUUAUUACUUAAAAUAUCAUGUGGCUACAAAACCAUAUACCUUGGUUGAAAGGAAGCCCAGAUUAUUCCCAGGUGAUAUAAUUCUGGAGACUGGAGAAGUAAUUCCACCAAUGAAAAAAUUUCCUGAUCAACAUCAUUGA